CAGCCUGGUGGUGUUUCAUAAUCGUCGCAUCAAAACACACAAAACAUGCUUUCACAGUGAAUCACAUCAAUUUUAAGCGGCUUGAGUAUGGUUAUAUUAUGAGUGGAUACAUAUAUUUCGACGUUGAAAUCAAACUUGCCAGGCAGCCGAACCAGCUAUCCGCACUCUACUUGAAAUCCAGCAUAGACCAUUCGCUGACGAAAAUAUUCGGAGAAAUUGGCGGUCAGACCGAGGUGGACCUACUAAAGUUCGACGAAGAGCGACAGCACAUAAUUCUUCGUGUUCCAAAAGAGUUUUACGUAAAGCUGCGGGCAGCUAUCACGCUGAUAGGAGAGUACCAAGGAGUGCCGUGUAAUUUUCAGGUGAAGAAAGUGUCGCCGGUUCUGCAUACAUUGGUGGAAACUCAUUUGGACUUCGGAAGUGAGACUGUUCAGUGA